CCAUCGCCGCACCCGCCCCCGCCCGUUCGCCCUCGCGCUGCUCAUGGAAAUACCACUUCGAUGAGCCAGCAACACCCCUGGGGCGCCCCGAGACACAACCAGAGCACCCGUCUGACGCCCAUCUCCACCGCCGCCGCCCAAGACCAGCGCAGCACGCCCUCCCCCAGCGGCUCGCGUCAGUCCUACUCACCCGCCGCCUCCAGCUUCCCCUCGCUCCCGUCGGCUUCGGCGCGCCUCGUAGGUAGCCGCAAUCCCUCGGCCGCGGCCCCGACCUCGUCUGCGCCCUUUGCAGCCGCAGGACAGCAGCUCCCAGCCAGCCAGCUGCUGUCCUCUCGGUCCCGCACCAGCGUGGCCCAGCCCGCUUCGCAGCCCGCGGCGUCCCCUCAAGCCUCCGCCGGUCCUGCCCCGACCGCCAGCGGAGCUUCGAAGCUCGUCCGCGCCUCGCCCUCGUCGAGCACCGUCGGCUCGCCCAGCACGGCCGCCAACCCCGCUUCCGGCGCUUCUUCACAGAACCUUUCGCGCAUCGUCAUCGCGCAGGUGUUCCUGCUGCUUAGUCAAUUCGGCCCUGUCAAGGACGAGAAGGACCGCGCCAAGUGGGAUACGCAGACCGAACAGAUCAGGAAGCUGAUCGAUUCGAACGGCAUGGAGGUCUUCGCAAAAUACUUCCGGCGCGUGUUGCAGAACAACGCUGCGCACGUCUUCGGCACUGCCGGCCGCAACACCGACCCCAAUGGCAGCUAUCAGAUCCUGGUGACUGAAGUACAGAAGCUGCGCAAGGACCCAGAACAAGCAGACAGGAUCGCCGAAUCAAUAAGCUCCAGCGAAGGAGACUUGUUUCGCGACUUCGACUUGGCCGCCUUUGUCGCGCAUUUCCAAUUGGAUCCGCUGUCAAGGGCAAUGCUCACACUCGCCUGCAGGAGGACAGAUCUGAGGCCCAAAGCCGAUGCACUUCUCUCAAGCCUCGGAGACGACCUUCUGAUAGCUAUUGCCCAGCCCAAUCAGAACGACGAUACAAGUCCAGAGUACAUCGCAUCAAUUGUCGAGCGCCUGUUACAGGACCCACCACAGGGAUGGGACGAGGACAAGAAGAUGAACAUGGCUUACGCCAUUCAAGUCCGAUACCAGACCUUGCACAUGCAAAUACCAAGCUUAGUCGAAUCAAAGCUCAUACUCGCUGAGCUCACAGAUGGUUCGAGGAACCCUCUGGUAAAACUGGUACAGCGAGCAGGACCACAAAGCACAGCUACCGUGGAAGCUAGCAAAGAGCUCCUCGCAUCGGCUGAAACAAGAGACAUUGGCUAUCAGCAAGUGGCUUCAGUCAUCUUAUUCCUAGCGAUAUCCACAGGGUAUAAUGCUAAGAAUUUCGUAUCAGCUCUGCGAGAGCAUCGCGCUGGACAGCGAUUGGACUGGCAGGACGUCGUACACGCAUUCGAUCGAGAUCACCUACGCAUCGAGAAGGCCCACUUCCUCUCCAUUUAUAACGCCCUCCUUCCAAUUGCUCAAGAAAACGAGAGCUUCGAUAUCCAGGCAUUGUGGGGUGGUACUUGGCAGAACGAGAUAACACACUUGUACUUCUUGCUGUGUUAUCUGCAGUGCACCUCCCAGGAGCUGGAUGUCUCUCAAAUACCGCGACUGCGCGCUUCAUACUCUUUGGAGACAUUCGAGAGUGCGCCCGACGACGUCAAGGCGUUUGCAGAGCAAGCUGUCAAACAUCCGUUCGUGUCGCUCGAUGCCACAGGCGCCCUCUUCACGAUGAUCUUUCGCACAUCGGAGACAUAUCACACAGCUCAAAUAAUGGGCAUCCCGGAUCUUGUGAUCAAUCCUCAUACGGCAGAGUUCCUGAUUGCAGCAGCUGCAGUACCAAAACCAUGGGGCGCCUUACAAGAGCAAGCCUUGAAGCAGCUUUUCGAGCCAUAUUUCCACAAGAAACUGCCCAUCUACAACUUCGUCCUGUACGGUCUUUGGCAGCAAGAUCUUCAAUGGCUCGUGGACCGUUUCGUCGAUGCGUACAACGCCGAUCCUAUGUCUCUUACCCUCAUUUUGGAACAUGCUGAAGCCAACGACUGGUCUGAAACGCUGAUUCGCAGCAAUACCGAUAUCAGUCUGGAUAUGGCGGCGCAGGCGCACGCGCGUGGCAAAUUCGAGAUUGAGCCAUGGCUGCAACAGACCAUUGAACAAGCUGGUCUUCUGUUUCGACGCAUUUUGACCAACUUUUUGACCCAGAGAGCCUCGGAUGAGAUGCAGCGUGUACGAGAGGAUGGGCACUCGCUCAGCCUGCCGCUCGCUGUGAAAACCGUCUAUCCAUUGCUCUGGUUCCUUGCCGAAUGCGGAUUGCCAGAACAUGAGCUCUUACCUCUUCAACGUAACUGCAUCCAAGCUUACCCGCGGCUCAUCAAUUACGGAGAAGGUGUAGAUGAUAUUAUCGAUGCCAAUGGCCAGAACGGGAACGGCCUUCCAGCAGAUGCGGAUACUAAAAUGCAAGAGCACUUCAAGAACAUGUACAGUGGCGAGAGCGAUGUUCGUGACAUCAUCUCGGUAUUGAAGAAGUACAAGGAGUCGCGUGACCCAGCGGAGCAGGAGCUGUUCGCUUGCAUGAUCCACGGGCUAUUCGACGAAUACAACUGCUUUGGCGAAUAUCCAUUAGAGGCGUUGGCGACAACGGCAGUACUUUUUGGAGGCAUAAUCAACUUCAACCUACUGUCCAGGAUUGCGCUGCAGGUCGGACUGGCCAUGGUCCUGGAAGCCGUGCAAGAGUACAGACCCGAAGACUCCAUGUACAAGUUUGGACUCCAAGCUCUGCUUCAUUUCUCCAGCCGACUGUCCGAGUGGCCCAACUACUGCGACCAGCUUCUGAUCGUACCCGGGCUUCAGGGCACCGAGAUCUUUGCCAAGGCCGAGGAGGUUGUUGGGCAACAAGGUGGCGAAGUCAACGGAGACGCGCAUAAUAAUAUUGGUCUGUCUAACGGAAACGGUAUUGAGGAUGCGCUUCAGGAAUCCGCUGUGCAAAAGUUCUCUUGUCUGUACGUCGACUCACCUCUUCACUCAGAUUUAUACGAAGAUCCAGAUGAGGAAGUACAGGACAAGGUGCUUUUUGUCUUGAACAAUGUGUCUGAGCGCAAUUUGCGCGACAAGAUCAAAGACCUUACCGAAGCCGUUGAAGAACGGCACCAUCAGUGGUUUGCCAAUUACCUUGUCGAAGAGCGCGCAAAGAUGCAGCCCAACUUCCAGCAGCUGUACCUGGAUAUGCUGGAACUUCUCAACAACCGAACGUUGUGGGCUGAGGUUCUUCGCGAAACCUAUGUCAGCGUCGUACGAAUGCUGAACAACGAUGGUACGCUCGGUUCAACGGAGCGAGGCCAUCUCAAGAAUCUAGGAUCGUGGCUUGGCUCUCUGACCAUUGCUCGCGAUCAACCUGUCAAGUUCCGCAAUAUCUCGUUCAAGGAUCUCCUAACAGAAGGCUACGAUACUGACAGGCUGCUCCUCGUCAUUCCGUUCACCUGCAAGGUCUUGGUGCAGGCUGCGAAGUCCACGGUUUUCAAACCCCCGAAUCCAUGGCUCAUGGAAGUCCUUGGUGUGCUAAUGGAGCUGUAUCAUUUCGCAGACCUCAAGCUGAACCAGAAAUUCGAGAUUGAAGUUCUAUGCAAGGGCUUGGAUUUGGAUCACAAGGAGAUCGAACCAACGAAUAGCAUUCGGGCUCGACCUCAAGCCGACGAGGAGUUCAUCAACCCUAUGGUAUCCGAUGGUCUCGAUGCUUUCGGUGACCUCUCCAUCAUGAGCUUGAAUCGUGCUCGAGGUCCAAGCGAGCGUUUCUCGUCUGCAGCUAUCACUGCAGCUUUGCCCGAUUUCACAAACCAGCUGCAGUAUCCCCCAUCUGGUAACAGUGCAGUUCCACCAGCGCAGAUCAAGAAGAUCUUCCUUACUGCUGUCAACCAGGCCAUUCAGGAGAUCAUAGCUCCAGUCGUUGAACGCUCCGUUACUAUUGCUGCCAUCUCCACAUCCCAGCUCAUCAGCAAGGACUUUGCGAUGGAGCCCGAUGAGGAAAAACUUCGAACUGCGGCGCACACUGUCGUGAAGGCUCUCUCUGGUGCUUUGGCCUUAGUAACCUGCAAGGAACCUCUACGCAUGAGCAUCCAAAACAACAUUCGCAUCAUGGCUCGUGACCUUCCAGAACAGACCCUUCCUGAAGGCCACGUGGUCAUGUUCGUCAACGACAACCUCGAUUUGGUCUGCAAUACUGUAGAGCAGGCAGCCGAGAUGUCUUCCCUUGCCGAGAUUGACAUGCAGGUCGAGGAAGCUGUGCGCAUGCGUCGGAUGUUCCGCAACACGCGGCCAAACGAGCCUUUCAAGGACACGAACAUCAGUCCAUGGGCUUUCUACAUCCCUGAACCGUACAAGCAAACCACCGGAGGCUUGAACCGCGAACAGCUAGCCAUCUACGAGGACUUCGGUCGACAAGCGCGGGGCCUUCCACACGCAAAUAACGUCUCUCAGGAUAGUGGGCGCCAGGUCCCCGACGUGCUUCAGGACCAGUUUGCUGCAGUGCCGAACCUGCCAACUCCCGGUGCCGCUCCUGCUGAGCCACGUCAGCCCACACAGCAGCCUCGACUCCAAAAUCUUCAAUCCGCUCAUGUUCCCCCUAGUCAACAGCAGUUGAACGGUUACAUGGAUGCCCCAGGUCCUGCAGGCGGUCAGAGGGCUGUCGAAGAUCUCCUGGUUGAGCUCACGCAGGUCAUCAAGGAUGCACCUGAGGAGCGGAUCAGCGAGCUACAGCCUGGAAACAGCGCGAUACACCGCGUCUUUGACCAGCUCAUUUCGAGCAUCGAGUUCGCAGGACCCAACAAGGACACUUGGUCAUUCAGAAUUGCUGGCCAAGUCACAAACCACCUGUUCUCCGAUUCUCUGCAGCGCCUAGAGGUGGAGGUUAUGGCACAUUUGCUCAGCUACCUUUGCCAGUUGUCCGUAACAACUUCGCGCCAAGUCCUUAUGUGGCUUGCAACACUUCAUGACGACGACCGCAUUUUCAAAGCUCCUGUUAUGGUUGCACUCAUGGAAGUUGGCUUGAUGGAUAUGCACCGUCUGAAUACUACUAUCGCCAAAGCCCUUCAAGAAAGACGUGUCGCUGCAAUCGAAAUGCUUUCCACUUUGCUGGAAGAGCUGCUGCUUAGCGAGCACCCAAGCGCGUUCCGGGCUGAUUUCGCCUUGUCUAUCGACGCUCUUACCAAUUGGUUGGCGGAAGACCCCUCUCUAGAGAUCGCAAAGCGUGUUGUUGCCAACCUGCAAGCAUCGACUGCGGAGACAUCCUUGACACCGCCUUCUACUGGCUACAAAGAUCAGCUGGAGUACAUCUUUGACGAGUGGGUUCACUUGCAGCUUCCAGAGACACCCAAGAAGACGGUUGGAGCGUUUAUCUACCAGCUUCACAAGCAGGAUAUCAUGCAAAGUCAAGAGACAUCCAUCGAAUUCAUUCGCACUUGCAUUAACGCCUCUGUAUCUGCAUACGAGCAGGAGCAUUCUCUGUACGGCACCGGGAACCUUGACACUGCCACAGUGAAGAUUGAUGCGCUGGGCAAACUCAUCGUUGACCUCGUCGCCUACCAAGACGAACGCGAAACGGGUGCCAAGGACAGCAAAGCCAAGUACUUCGACCAAAUACUCGUGGUUACUGUCCUUGUGUUGUGUAACCACCACGAUACUCGAGGUGAUGCCUUCAAUCAGAAGGUGUUCUUCCGCCUGUUCUCUACAAUCCUUUUCCGUCUCAAUGAAGCGACCAAGGAAGAUCACCUGGUGGACCACAAGAGCAGCCUCUUCCUCUGCGUUGCCAGGGCUCUCCUGAUCUUGCAACCAAGCCACUUUCAGAGGUUCACUUUUUCAUGGCUGACUCUUGUCGCCCACCGCAUCCUCAUUCCCGCCAUGCUUGAAGGCGGCCAGUCUGAUGAGCGCUGGGAUGUAUAUGCUCGUCUCAUGGAAACACUCCUAGUCUUCACAGGACAGGUGAUCAAGCCAACUGGAGAAACUAUUGUGGCUCAAAACUUCUACCGCGGAGUCUUGCGCGUCUUGCUUGUCAUCCACCACGACUACCCCGAGUUUCUGGUUGAGCAUCAUUUCCGCCUAUGCAAUAGUAUUCCGAUGCAUUGCACUCAACUCCGCAACCUAAUAGUCAGCGCAUAUCCCUCCACCAUCUUGGAGAUGCCAGACCCGUUCACCGCAGGACUGAAGGUUGACCGUCUUGAGAACAACCUUCAGGCACCUGUCAUCCGAACCGAUAUUGUGGAGAUCCUUUCAAGAGCUGGUAUCAAGGCCAAUGUCGAUAACCUUUUGAAGGCCCCCGAACCCAAAUCUCAGGACAUUCGCAAAGUUUGCGACGCUAUCUAUUUCCCUCAGGCCAAAGAGAGCGGGUUUGAGCUAGUAUCAACUACCGCUGACCCAGCUCUGAUCCACGCAUUGGUUCUUUACAUCGGUGUUGCAACGUUGGGCAACGAAGCCGCUAAGGGACCACUUUUCGACUCCGACAGCGCGGCUGCCAGAUUGAUGACAAGGCUGGCCAAGGACUUGUUCCCCGAGGCCAAGUUCCACUUCAUCAGCGCAAUUGCCAACCAGCUCCGGUACCCAAAUACCCACACGCACUUCUUUAGUUAUGCGUUGCUACACCUUUUCGGUCCUCCAAACGACGAUGAAGAAGCGCUUGAGAUACAGCAGACGAUUACGAGAGUGCUCUUGGAGCGCCUGCUGGUACAUCGACCUCACCCAUGGGGACUCAUUAUUACUUUGCUCGAGAUCCUGAAGAACCAGACAUAUGCAUUCUGGGAUCUAUCCUUCGUCAAGGCGGCACCUGAGGUCGAGCGUCUUCUGAACGCUUUAUUCACCAAUGCCCAGCAGAGCCCUAGGCCGCUAGCUUAGUUCGCUAGUCAUCCCCAUGGCCUACCCCCGGGCUGCUCCACAACGAACAGCAGCUCGGCCCGCCAUUCCUAAUUCACGUUUUUGGCUUGCUCAAACAGCAAACCCUACGUUUUGUGUUCGUUGCAUUUGCGUGCGUAGGGAUUCGAUUCUUUCUUGCAUGAUUGAGGAGCUUUGUCUUUCAACCGAUCUAAUACUUUCGACGAAUGUACAUCUGGACGUCAUGUCUUCUACACGCUAUGGUUUCACGACUCUUUGGGCUGGCUGGCACGGAAGGAACGUAAUGAUCAUGGUAUGUGGAUGGACCGUACGGAAAAAGGCGGG